AUGUUCGCAUCGAUUUCUGAUGUGGGAUGGUGCAGUCAUCAACCGUAUGUGGCUAUAAUCAGCUGUUCUAAACCCAUUGGAAGUCACGAAAAAGCGGGCAGCGCUCGACUUCCAAUAUUCGAAAGCACUGAAGAGGAUCUCGGCGAGUCUACACAAAGUCACCCAACAAGCAGAAUGGCAGCGUUGUUCGUCGAUCGCGAAGCUCGUAAACUGAAAGAACGUAAGGAGUCAACGAUGCGAAUGAAACGAAUACUUUAUGACAGUAGUAAACAACUCGAGAAACUCGAGCAAGCUCUCAUUUCAUCGGCUGGAGAACGUGUGAGCUCUUGUGUCUAUUUGUGUUGUCUUAUGUUUUUUGCGAUACAAACGGCGUGCUGA